CGAGUCGUGCGGGCACGUCAGGCUUAUCCACCACGCCCAUUCCCCGGCCACCAUGGAAGCGGCACGACGGAUGGAAGUGAUCGGCUCACACCUCUCGGCCUCAUCGGGUGCCUUGGCCGGCGCCCGAGACAGGCCAGACGACAUCGUAAUCGUUGAUGCAAUUCGCACACCCAUCACCAGGGCAAGAAAGGGCGCGUUCAAGGAUACCACCCCUGAUGUCCUUCUCGCAGAGGUCCUCAGCGCCGUUCUGGCGCGUUCCGGAGUAAGCCCGACCGACGUGGGCGAGAUAUGCGUGGGCAACGUUCUGCAGCCGGGCUCCGGCGCGCUCUCGAGCCGCGUGGCGCAGGUGCGGGCGGGGAUACCUCACACCGUGCCCCUCAGCACGGUGAACCGCCAGUGCUCCAGCGGGCUGCAGGCUGUCGCUCACGUGGCGGCGGGCAUCAAGGCCGGCCACUACUCCGUCGGGAUAGCUGCCGGCGUUGAAUCCAUGUCCCUCAACGCAAUGGGCGGCGGCGGGGGACUGCCGCCGGAGAUAGACCCGAAGUUCAUCAAGGCCGACCGGGACGGCGCAGCGGUGCUCCUCCCCAUGGGCAUCACGAGCGAGAACGUCGCAGCGAAGUAUGGCAUCACUCGCGCCGAGCAGGAUGCCUUCGCGGCGGAGAGUCACGCCCGGGCUCACCGGGCCCAGGAGGAGGGGAUCUUCGACGACGAGAUCUUGCCCGUUCGGACAACGGUCAAGGGCCCCGACGGUGCGGAGGUGGACGUGUUGGUGUCGAAAGACGAGGGGGUGCGUGCGGGGACUACCGCGGCCAAGCUGGGCGGCCUCAAGGCGGUCUUCAAGAAGGGCGGCACGACCACGGCGGGGAACGCGAGUCAGGUGAGCGACGGAGCGGCCGCCACCCUUCUGAUGACGCGAGAGUCGGCGGCACAGCGGGGGCUCCGUCCCCUGGGGGUCUUCCGCUCGUACGCCGUCGUCGGGGUCCCGCCAGAGGUCAUGGGAAUCGGGCCAGCGGUGGCGAUCCCCGCCGCCGUUGGCAAGGCUGGGCUCGAACUCGGCGACGUUGACUUGUUUGAGCUCAAUGAGGCGUUCGCCAGCCAGGCCACCUACUGCAUUAAGGAGCUUGGCCUCGACGCCUGGAAGGUCAACCCCAAGGGCGGGGCGAUCGCGCUGGGGCACCCGCUGGGCUGCACGGGGUGCCGGCAGGUGGCCACCCUGCUGUUCGAGCUCCGCCGGACCGGGAAAAGGUUCGGGGUUGUGUCGAUGUGCAUCGGGACGGGGAUGGGCGCGGCGGCGGUGCUCGAACUGUGUUGCUGAUUUCUCCGG